UGCUCGCCAAGAUGGCGGACGAGGAGGGCGAAGGGCUCCCGCGCUCGGCGGCCGCUCCGCACCGCAACGGCGGCGGGGAAGGGGCCCCGGCAGGACCGGGAGGCCCCCGCGUGGUCCGUAUCGUCAAAUCCGAAUCCGGUUACGGCUUCAACGUCCGCGGUCAAGUGAGCGAAGGCGGGCAGCUGCGGAGCAUCAACGGGGAGCUGUACGCCCCGCUGCAGCAUGUCAGCGCCGUGCUGGGCGGAGGGGCUGCGGACCGGGCCGGGGUGCGCAAAGGGGACCGCAUCCUGGAGGUGAAUGGGGUGAACGUGGAAGGAGCAACACACAAACAAGUGGUGGACCUGAUCCGGGCUGGAGAGAAGGAGCUGAUCCUGACAGUGCUGUCUGUGCCUCCCCACGAGGCCGACAACCUGGACCCCAGCGAUGACUCCCUGGGCCAGUCCUUCUAUGACUACACAGAAAAACAGGCAGUGCCCAUCUCCAUCCCCACCUACAAACACGUGGAGCAGAACGGAGAAAAGUUUGUGGUGUACAACGUUUACAUGGCUGGUCGGCAGCUCUGCUCCAAGCGGUACCGGGAAUUCGCCAUCCUGCACCAGAACCUCAAGAGGGAAUUUGCCAACUUCACCUUCCCCCGUCUCCCAGGGAAGUGGCCCUUUUCCCUUUCUGAGCAGCAGCUGGAUGCCCGGAGGCGAGGCCUGGAGGAAUACCUGGAGAAAGUGUGCUCCAUACGUGUCAUUGGGGAGAGUGAAAUCAUGCAGGAGUUCCUCUCGGAGUCAGAUGAGAAUUACAACGGGGUCUCAGACGUGGAGCUGCGCGUGGCGCUGCCGGACAUCACGACGGUGACGGUCAGGGUGAAGAAGAACAGCACGACAGACCAGGUGUACCAGGCCGUGGCUGCCAAGGUGGGGAUGGACAGUAUUACUGCCAACUACUUUGCCCUCUUUGAAGUGAUCAAUCACUCCUUUGUGCGCAAACUGGCGCCCAACGAGUUCCCCCACAAACUCUACGUGCAGAACUACACCUCAGCUGUGCCAGGAACCUGCCUGACCAUCCGGAAAUGGCUCUUCACCACGGAGGAGGAGGUUCUCCUCAAUGACAACGACCUGGCAGUCACCUACUUCUUCCAUCAGGCUGUUGAUGACGUCAAGAAAGGCUACAUCAAAGCAGAGGAGAAGUCCUACCAGUUACAGAAGCUGUGUGAGCAGAGGAAGAUGGUCAUGUAUUUAAACAUGUUAAGGACCUGCGAGGGCUACAACGAGAUCAUCUUCCCCCACUGCUCCUGUGACUCCCGGAGGAAGGGACAUGUCAUCACAGCCAUCAGCAUCAAGCACUUUAAACUCCACGCCUGCACCGAGGAGGGGCAGCUGGAGAACCAGGUAAUAGCAUUCCAAUGGGAGGAGAUGCAGCGAUGGGACACGGAUGAGGAGGGAAUGGCUUUUUGUUUCGAGUACGCACGAGGAGAGAAGAAACCCCGAUGGGUUAAAAUCUUCACCCCCUAUUUCAACUACAUGCACGAGUGCUUCGAGCGAGUGUUCUGCGAGCUCAAGUGGAGGAAGGAGGUGGAGGAGGAAGCAUCAGACAAGGAUAACCAGAACUGCAGUAAAGACAAUGUGUGCAGCAAGAACAUCUUUCAGAUGCUCAGAUCACAGCAGAGGGACGCGGCCACUUAGCCCCCCGGGCGUGGAAGAACGGAGCCCCCCCCUCUCCCCCCUCCCCCCCCAAAUCCCCUCACCCCCAAAUUAACAC